CGUGCUUCUUGACGCCAAGGUUUCUGGUGAUGGCGAUGGCGCUGGCGCGCGCCCGGGUAGCGCAUUUUGCGAGAGGCGCGGCCGGGAUCGGCAGCGCGCAUCACAGGAGGGGCAAUACGACCUCUAUUCACGACUUUGAUCUGUUUGGCAAAAUGAAAGAGAGCUCGGGGCGCGUCGCCGUGGAUGCACUAAGUGAGGAAAGCUUCUCGGUGGAUCAGGUCGAAUAUUUCGAUUCAAUCAUAUGCCUUAGCAAGUUUGUCCUGUCAUGGACUCCGAAAACGUUUGAAGAAAUCACCCCCGAAAGCUUGGCGAUUGUUGAUCUACUGACUCCAACUCCAGAGAUCUUGGUGCUCGGAACCGGGAACACGACGAAGUUUCCCAGCAAAGAAGUGAAGGAGUUUCUUAAAUCCAGAAAUAUCAAGAUCGAAUCCGUCGAUUCGAGGCAUGCUGCCAUCGCAUUCAAUUUCAUGAACGUCGAGUGCCGCGACGUAGUGGCCGCAAUGCUGCCUUGCGGCAAAGAACCCGAGCGCACCCAUCCUUUCUAAGAACAUGACACACUCCUUCGUCGCCAAAAGUGCCAAAACGGUGGAGAAAAGGAGAGAGAAUGCAAAAAAAAUGGAGGAAGAAAGCUUAAGUUACAAUAUAAACUGGCCCGACGCGUUCGUCUCGAGCGAAAGGAGAAUGGGCAAAACGAAAAGAAAACAAGGAACAAGCCACGUACGGUGGACUGGUGCGUUGACUGGUGCUGGGAUGGCGUUGGCUUGUCGCCCUGGGGCGCGACAGGGAGAAUAUCCCCCGGGAAUACUUAAUUCUCAGCGAGAGUGGAACACGUUACAAAGUCUUCACGCAAUCUAACUGAGGUUGCCGCCGUUGCUUUGGACAAAACAAAACAAAACAAACAAAGAGAUGGAAAUCGAAAUCCUGAGCUCUAAGUUAAGGUUUAAAGUCUAGUAAUUAAACUGGUUGGGCAUUUGCAACGUCUUGGCUUUAAAGGCAAAA